UGUUGUGGGAACUGCCAAUAAGGAAAAUUCACACACGCCAGAGGCCAGCGACUCCAAGUCGAUCCCAUCAGUGGUGUUAGCCACUGAUUAGCCCGGCUCCUGGCUUGGGCCUCUUCUCUCUCCCCAAUGUUUGCACUUUGAUUGAAUGGCCCACAUUGUGAUGGUUCGGCAGUACUCAGCAUGCUGAUUGUGGACAUGCUGACGCUGGCACUGGCGACUGGCUUGGAGCGGGACAGAGAGCGGGAGGUGGAUAAUGGCAUUGCCUCAAUUUGUGGCAAAAUGACACUUAAUGUGGCCAAAAAAGCGUCCAGUCAGAGCAAGCAGCACACUGAAAGUGAAUAUUGUAAGAGGGGCAACAAUAACAGUAGAAGUGGCACUGGAAAUGAUAGCAGCUGUGGCAGGGAAACAGGAGCAGUCGUGCCGCCCAACAUGGCUACUGGUGGACUAGGCCCGAGCGAGGGUCAUUUAGUAGGCAAGGCACGCAGCGUCCGAGACAAUGCCGCUGACGGCGAACCAUGCGAGGCGCUUCAGCGGCCAUGGAUACAGCUGAGCGGCCAGUUGGUGGGGCAGGGACUGGGACUGGAGCAGCGGCUGGGGGCGUGCCAGUCAGCGACAGUGGGAGCGGAUGACGUACUGAGUGACAUAUUGACGCACGCGCGUGCGCGUGCUGUGUACAGUUGCAACAACAACAACAACAACAACAACAAAAACAACACAACAGCAACAGAAACAGCAGCGGAAGUGGCCACGAAAUGUGAGUACGCGCAAGUCGAGCGUGAGAGCCACAUCCAGAGUUACAACCAGAGCCAGAGAGUGAGCGCAGACGCUGGCCAACAACCACCCAGCAGUGGCAGUGCCAGAAGCAAAAGCAGUGGCAGUGACAGAAUCACAAAGAGUGGCAACGGGUGCAGCGCCUGCUCAAUACCUACAAUUGGCAGUGAGCUUUCCAGAGCCAACCUUGUAGUAGCAACCCCAGGGGCAGUCGUCGCAGCUGAGCAUCAGAAGCAGCACCAGCAGCAGCAGCCCCAGAAGCGUUUUAUCACAUCCUCAAAUUUGUGCAAACUGUCCGAUUCUGGUGAAAAUUGUGUGGAAAUCAAUCAGGUUACUCCGCGUGCUGGACCCUGCUCUGGACAGACGGAAACGGAAAAGCACCAUUGCUCUGCUCACGACGUGGAACCCGACCCAGACCACGAGCCCGACCUCGACACCAGCUCCGACUCCAACUCCAAAUGCGACGACGGCGCGCGACGUACACACAAAUUUGUGGAAAAAGUCGGGCAAAACGCAUGGUCUGCCUGCCUGGUAGGUGAUUUUUUUUCUAUUUGUGAAAAUGUGCAAAGUGCCAGAGAAGAAGAAGCUGGAGCAGCAGUAGGAGCAGCAUUCGUGAGCUGCCACAGCGACCACAAGUCGAAGAAGAACCAGGAGCAGCAGAAGAAGCAGCCAGAGGAGGGGCAGGCGCCAUUGUCAUUGCCACAUUCGAAGCCAGACCCCCCCAAUUUAUCCUUGGCUGGCAGUGUCGAUAAUGUUGCUGGUGUUGCCGUUUUCCGCCCACCACAAAGUGUCCCCUUUGUUUUUGCUUGUAGUUACGUGGAUUACGUGAAAAGCGUUACAAACAACAAGGCCGCCCCAGACCAGCCACCGAAGCAGCCCCCCGCAGCAGCAGUAGCUGACAGAAGGAGCCAAACCCGCGAAGACUCACAGGAAAGCGGCGCGACAGAGCAGAAAGAAUCGCUGGAAUUGGAAUUGAAAUCGGAGCUCGGGGAUUCGUCUACAGUUGCAGCAGUUGACAAAAAUGAGAAGCUCGUAGACUGUGAAUCAUUGGAGCCGCUUGUGUCUGCCAUAUAUUUUGGACUUGGCUCGAGGGAGAACUGCAUCAGAGGUAAAGCAACAGAAUCCGCAACUACAACAGCAACAGCAACAGCAACAAGCUGCAGCGAGCACGACGAUCUCAUUGAUUUUGAGAACGAUUUGGGCGAGGAUUUUGUAGCCAGUCAGCGGCUGAAACGUUUGCAAUACAUUUUUCAGGGACGCGUGAGCAGCAACAGCAACAUUGAUUGUGUAAAGGCAUCCUUGAGGCCCGAACAACAACUACAGCAACAGCAGACAACAACAGGCAUAACAAAGAAACUACCCUCAGAGACAGGAGUAGAUCCCAACCCCAACAACAGCCCCAGCCCCAGCCCCAGCCCCAGCCAGAGUCCGACAGCCACGACACGCCAGUGCCCCCCGAAAUAUCAGCCCGCUGAAGACAAUAAAAUAGUUAAGGAAACUGCCGCCGAUGAAGUUGCAACCGUGGCAAACUCAAUUGCAUUUCAAUUAAAUCCAAACUGUAUUCGAGUCGAGCCACCGUCAAGCCAGAGCGAGAAAACCUCAGUGCUUGGACAAACAGCUGAACGGCUGAAGCAACAUUCGCUGAAUCCGCGUCCCGAGUCGCCACUGCGUCGGCGCGGAGAGAGUCAGAGUGCGGGCCAGUUUGAGGAGCUCACAUUGGCAGCUGCCAGCGACCAAGUGGUGAUUGAAAUCGAAACGGAUACGGACACGGACAGCGACGAGCAGACGGUGACGGACAUAGCCACUAGGAGCGCAUUUGUGCCGACCCAAGCCUGUGACGGCGGCCGCUUUGGUUUUAGCCAGGAAAAGUCCGCCACUGGCCUCACCUUUGCUACACCACUCAGCGAGUUCGAUGUGCAGCGGUUCAGCGAGUACCUAACGGCAGCCCGUCAACUGCAGUUGGUCGAUAUUGCCAUUAUACAGCAACAGGACGAAAACCAGAACCAGAACCAGAACCAGAACCAGAGCCUGAAUCAGAAUCAGAAUCGGAUUCCGAGUCUGAAUAACACACCUAUCCAUCAUCGGAGGCAGACUUCCCAGGUGCAUAGUCAGGUUGAAAAGAAGGCUGGAAACUUUCAGUGCUACGACGAAUUGCUGGCAGAGUUCGUGAGCGAGCAACAGGAGUACGACAUCGAAAUCGAUAGCGAUAACGAUAGCGAUAACGAAAACGACAAAGACAGCACAUGCCAGUGCCAUGAGUGCCUAGCCAGCUUGGAGGACAGCCAGCAGAAGACGGCCAGAGGGAUAUCACAGAGCAAUAUCACCACUUCCACAAUAACAACCAGGAACGCAUCCAGUCCGUCCGUCUUUGUUUCGGAAGCAGCAUCCGAAGACGGCCUGAAUAUGCGCGAGGUCAACGGUCAGCUGCGUGGCCUUCUGAAGAAACCAAAUCGACCACCGCCGGCCCGCAAGAACCGUGUGGUAUUCGAUGAGACGCGCAACGAGUUUUUCGAGGCGGACUACAUUAUUUUGAUCCGUGAGGACUGUGCCUACGAUGAGGAAGACGAGGAGCCCUGCACCUGCGGCGAGCACGAGCUGGUUCGGCUCUGUUGCGAGGAGGGAUGCCAGUGCAACUACGCGGUCAAUGCCGCCGAAGCUGGCGAUGGACGAUCUCCACAGAGUCCCAAAUAUCAGCCGCCAAUUGAGUUUGUGGACGACGCUGCGCUGAGCCCGCCCGACGGCUACAAGGACAGCAGUCUGAAGAACACACUCGGCGGCGCGCUGAGUGGCCACAUCUUCGGAGCACAGCAUCUGCAACAGCUGCAAGUGAUCCAGCGCCUGCAGCAGCAGCGCGCAGCGAUGCUGGCCGCUCGUAACAGUACCAGUCAGAUACCGCCGCCACCGCCGCCCGUGGGCAGUGCCCAGCAGCAACCACAGCAGCCGCAGCAGCCACAGCAACCGAAGCCACAGUCGGAGGAGGAGCUGCAGGGCGUCUGCACGGAGUGUGCCGAGUGCGCUGAGUGCGCCGCCAAGCAACUACAGGAAGCAGAAUGCAGCUCCCCGCAGUGCCAAGAGGAGAUGACACCACUGGGGGUGCCGGCAGUGGCCCUGCUGCCCCUGCACACCAGUUCACCGGAGCGUCGCAUCACCCAGAAGGAGAUCAUUGCCGGCGAAGAGCGGCCCAAGUAUGUGCUGCAGUCCCAGCACAAGGCAUCGCCCACUGCAGUGACCGAGCGGCGCAUCAUUCGGGAGGCACACGAGGAUGUGGCAAGUGUGGCUCCCUCUGCCAUUCCCGCGGCUGCUGCCCCAGGUGCGGACUUGCAGCCACCCGCUUUGCCAGCCAAGACGAAUGUCACGAUAGCAGCGGCAGCCAGUGCUGCCGCUGUCACCGCAGCAUCUACCGCACCAGAGCAACAGCCAUUCGAGGAGGAGAUGCCACCGCCCAUUCCGCCUAAGGAGAUGUCGCCCACCCAGAUUAGCGGCAUACUGAAGGGGGGCAAGCUCUGGAAGCAGGAUUCGAUCUCCCAGCAGUCGGAUGACCAGAACAACACUUCGGAGGAGGAGAGCGGCGCCAUGAAGCGCUCGGUGCGCUUUGUGACGGAGGACCAGGCGAAUGCCGGUGCCGACAGCGACGCCCAGUCGCUAGCUGAGGACUUUGAUGACAGCGAAAACCAGAUCAACGAGCUAAUCCCAAUCAAGAAGCACUCGACACUUUUCAACAACGCUCUGCGCCCCAACUCGGCGGUGCGCCAGCUGUUCCCCAGCGUGUCCGCUCACCAGGCCCCCGUCCUCACUUCGGAGGCCCUGCGAGCCUUCGACGAGUCGAAGCGGGCCGGUUGCCUCGUGACCCACUUGCCCGGCAGCUGCGGUGACUCGGACACCCUGCGCCGCAGCAUGGAGCGCAACAUCCUUCGCCGCUCGCUGAUCAAAAAAAAGGCAGUCAAGUCGGACAUAUCGCUGGAGGACCGCAUCAAGCAGCUCACCUGCGGUAUCGAUGAGGACCUGGCCGAAGAGCUGUCCCGGGACGUCGAUGAGGACCCAGACCCCAGCGAGCGCGGCUCGGACGAUCUGACCCAGCGCGACAGUCCCGCAGGCGAGGAGAAUCCCAACCCGGCGCCCAGCAGCACCGCGGGACAGAAGUUCAUGAACGGGGAGAAGAGUUUCUCGCCCAGCAGCUCGGUGUCCAGCUCCUCGAGUGGAUCGUCGGCCUACAAAAAGAUCGCGGACAUAUUUAACCGCGACAAGAAGCAGGAGAAGAUCAUGGAGCUGGAGGAGAACCCCAUUGUCAUCAUACCACAGGAGUGUCGCUGUCCGGCUGCGCCCGACCUGGGCAUGGGCAUCCAGGUGCCCGUGGUCCACACCCAGAUCCACCGCACCCCGCCCCGCCAGACCGAGCCAAAGCGCCAGUUCCUCUCCUCCACCCUAGCUCCGCUUACCGCCUGCGUGGCUGGUAACAAGGACGACCUGUCCUCCUACUACACCCUGGCCGCCGGCGCCCACGCCCACAACCACGGCCAUAGCCACGCCCAUGCCGCCACCUACGCAGUCGCCGCCACUGCCGACUUCAACAUGGGCCAGCUCCUGGGCGCGGCCACAGCCGCAGCAGUCUCCGGGGACCCGGUGGCGCAGCACGCCGCGGCCAUGGCAGCACAAAGUCUGGGCAGCAUGGCUGCCGGGGCUAUAUCAGGUGCGGUUGGCCCUGGGGCUGGGGCUGGGGCUGGGGCUGGUGGAGGUGCAGGCUCAGGCGAAGCUUCAGAGGAGGUGCGGAAGGUGGCGCCGGAUGUCAUCGCCGGUACACCCGGCCAGGAGGCCGUCAGCAGGCCCGAGCAGGACGAACUGGUCGUCUUCGCCCAAGCGGAGGCCAAGCGCACCGAACAGCUGAAGAAGCGCUACACGGGAGGGGCGGACCAAUCGCAAGGCAGCAGCGACGACGACGAGCAGAACGACUACGGCUUCAACAAGCGUCCCUCGGUGCGCGGCAUCAAGCCGAAGUUCAGCUCCACCAACGAGAUCCUCGCCCAGAUGCAGGAGCAGCUGAGCGCCUCCAUCCCCACAGUGGUCAACAGCCAGCCGGUGCCGCAGGCGGUAAAGGGCUACGCUAUGCCCAACACUGCCAAGCAAAAUCCCUCGUCCCAACAGCAGCAGCAACAACAGCAACAGCAGCAACAGCAGCAACAGCAACAGCAGCAACAGCAACAGGCACAACAGCAACAUCAACAUCAACAUCAGCAUCAGCAGCUGCAACAGCAGAUGGCAGCGGCGAUACAGGCGAACACGAUUGCCCAGCAAAAGACAGAACAGCGCACUUGGAGCUUCUACAGCGAGACCGGGGAGCAGCAGCGCUUUCCCAUCGACGCUUCCGCCGUUCAUCAGACCUAUUACCAGACGCUGCCCGCCGGCACGAUGUUCCGCCAGACGAUGAUCCAGCAGGGAGCGGCCGGCGAUGACGCCUCGCUCCUCUAUGCAGCGGCUUCCGCCCAGAACUGUCAGAGCGUCACGGCCACGGCGACGGCCACUGCCACUGCCACGGCCAUCGAGCAGAGCAAGCACAGCAGCUACAGUAGCCACUUCGCACGCAGCCCCACCCGGCGGCCGGAGUCACCGCCGCCGCUGAGAAACUACCACCAAACCAUGGUGCUGAUACCGUACAACGCGGAGACAUACUCGCAGUUUGCCACCAGCAGUAGCGGGGACCCCAAGCUAGCCCACAUUCAGCGCCAGAACAUCCUGGAGUACCAGCAGGUCACUCAGCAAACAAUACGGGUGCCCAUCGGGUAUGCCCUUCCAGGUAUGCAGCUGCAUGUGGUUAGUGGUCGCGGCCAUGCCGCACACUACGGCCAGCAUCAGCAGCAGCAGCAUCAGCAGCAGCAACAGCAGCAGCAACAACACCAGCAACAGCAGCAACAGCAGCUUCAGCAUCAGCAGCAGCAGCAACAGCAGCAUCAGCAUCAGCAGCAGCAACAGCAACAGCGACUGAUGUCACAGCACUAUCAGUUCGGGACGGAGGGUAGCAUUCCGGGCUUCAGCGAACGUGGUGUACCCGAGGGAGCCGCCACUGUUUCCCACAGUGACUGCGGUACCAUGGUCUCCCCAACAGCAGCGGCACAGCAACAACAGCAACAGCAGCAGCAACAGCAGCAACAGCAGCAGGUGGGAAUCGGAGUAGGGGGUCAGGCCCAGCCACAUGCACAGGGAUCAGUGUACUACGCGAUGAACGUAUGACCCGCGCUCGAAUAGUCGCUGCCAGCGGCGAUCAUCGUCGAGCGCCGCCAGUGUCAACGCGUCGAGUUGUCAGCGACUUCAGUGCAUUUGGGUACCGGCGGAAGCGUCGGCGGCAGCGUCAGCGGCAGAUGAGCGCCUGCCCGCCACCACCUGGCGAGUCCCAGUUAGUCCCAAUCGCUGAUUUAAGUUGCCCUUGAGUUGAUCCCAGCGAGCGUCAUUUAGUCAUUUAUUCCUCUGUUGUGCAGCCUGAACAAUGCUUUGUAACCGUAUUCUCUCACCAGUUUCUGCGUGAGUCUUCAUGUCUGAAUGUAUCUACCAUACAAAAAUAUGUCUGUAUAUGUGUGACUGUGUCUGGGUCUGUGUCUGUGUCGAUGGCUGUGUGUGUGUGUGUGUGUACUUGUGCGUUUGAGUAAGUCUGUCCAUGCCCCUUAGCAUUUUGUUUGCAUAGAACUACACUGGGGAUUCUUUGGCAAGACUAAAAACUAACCUUUUUAGGAAUACUCGUAUUAAAAUCAGGUAUACAUAUGUAUGUAUAUACCUAUGUAUGUAUACAUAAUAAAUAAAUACACGGGAAAUUAAUUAAGCUAAUAAUAUAUUUGAAAAUACAUCCCAAAAAUGAACUUUAAGCUAUUGUUCUAGAGUAUAGACUCUAGAGUGACAAAUGGAGGAGGUACUUACAUAUGUACAUAUGUAUGUACAUAAGUACGUGUAGAACAAAAAAGGCGGGGAAAAUGUAAACCAAAACACAACCAAAUCAUAUGAAUUUAUUUCGAGCAUGUACAUGCUGGGUGCUAGUAAUGCAACAACAACCACAAGAACAAAAACAAAGAACAUUUAUUUAUUAUUAUUAACUAUAAGCUAUUCAAAUUACAUUUAGCAAAGUAAAACGUAAAAAGGAUUAACCAUAUAUACAUAUAUAUA